AUGGCAGAGGAAGACAUGAAGAAUAUUGAAGAAGAGAAGAAUCGGGAGCCCAAUAACAGUCAGCACAUUGAUAUCAAGUACACAGAAAACCAUGAAGGUCCCAACAGUAAUGAUCAAAACAUUUUAGAUAGUAAUGAUGUUGACAGGAACACAAAGAGUGGUAAAAUUCUAUUCGAUAAUGCUCAUGUUGAUGGGGACAUGGUUAGUUAUAGUCAAAUUAUUUCUGAAGAAGAUAUUAUCAAUUUUGAUGAGGCCAUUAGAAGUCAUAAUCAAACUGUUUCAAAUGGGAAUGGGAAAGAAAAUAUUGUUUACGUGACAAUGAGCAAUCCUAGCCACAGUUUAUCUGAUGAUGAUGAGACCAUGAGAAAUCUUAAUCAAACUAUUUCUGAAGAUAAUGAUGACGAUGAUAGUUCAGAAGAUGACGAUGAUAGUUCAGAAGAUAUAUUUGAUGAUGAUGAUGAUAGUUCAGAAGACAAUAAUGACGAUUCUGAUAGUUCAGAAGAUAAUGAUGAUGAUGGUAGUUCAGAAGAUAAUAAUGAUGAUGAUGAUAGUUCAUAUGAUAAUUACUACGGUGAUCAAAAGACUACCAGCACUCUUAGUGAAAAUAUUUCUGAUGAUGAAACCAUGAGCUAUUCCAAUCAAGCUGUUUCCAUUGAUCAUAUUAACGAAACUGUAAACACUGAACAUGAAAGUAGCAGAGAUGGUAUUAUUGAAGGUGGCAUAUAUGAUGAUGAUGCAGAAGAAGAUGAUGAAGUUGAAGAUGAGACUUAUCAAUGCUCUCAUAAUGACUUAAAAGAUGAUGAUUUAGACCAUGCCAAGAAGCUAUGUGUUAAUACUAAGCUUUCAAGGGAUAAAUUGGAGUUACUGGUGCCAGAACGAGACUCUUUGACCUCUGAUCAAUCAUUUAUGGGAGGAGAUCUGAUGUCUUCUAAUCAGGAUUCUUUUGAUGAUACUAAAGUAACUGACCAUACACACGAUCAUGAUAAUACCAAUUCCUCUACAGUGUCAACAGCAGCUGAAACUAGUAAAGAAAAAACAAUAGAAAUUAGUCUCCUAAAACUUGCCCAUGUUCAAAUAAAAGAAUCCAAACAGAGUGAUCAAAAUCAAGAUAAAUUCCAAGAUUAUGAAAACAAUAAUACCGACAAAAUGGAUCACAUUGUGGAAUCCAAACAGGUUAAUCAAAAUCAGCAUAAUGAAAACAAUGAUAUUGACAAAAUAGAUCACAUCAUGGCUGAAGAAGAUGAAAAAAAGAAAGUCAAAGAGUUCAAUGAUAAUGACAAAGUAGAUCACAUUGUGGCUGAAGCCAAUGAAACAAACAAACUCAUUGAAGACAAUGGUAAAGUAGAUCACAUUGUGGCUGAAGCCAGUGAAACAAACAAACUUAGUGAAGACAAUGGUAAAGGAGAAAAUGAGAAGUUGCAUACUUCAGAUAUUGGAGUAUUAACUGACAGUAUUUCCUCAUCUGAUCAGAAGGCAAUGCGAGUAAUAAACCAAGCUAAAACUUUCUUUGGUUAUGUACCUCAAACGAAGCGUCCUAUAAGGGAGGAGGGACAAGAAGAGCACAUGCAAUAUGAAUAUGAAGCCCAUCAUCUCAAUCAUGAUCUAUACCAUGUUCCUCAGUUUGGAGAUGAUGCUGCCAGAAAGGAAAGUAAGAACACGAAUAACACACUAACAUAUGAUAUGGAAGUACAGACUGAUAACGUUGACACUUAUCCAGAAGCAGAUGUUCAUGAAUCCAGGACUAUAGAAGUACAGACUGAUAAUGUUCAUGAAUCCAGGACUAUGGAAGUACAGACUGAUAAUAUUGGCACUUAUCCAGUAGCAAAUGUUCAUGAAUCCAGGACUAUGGAAGUUCAGACUGAUAAUAUUGACACUUAUCCAGUAGCAAAUGUUCAUGAAUCCAGGACUCUGGAAGUACAGACUGACACUUAUCCAGUGGCAAAUGUUCAGGAAUCCAGGACUACAUGUAAACGAAUUAGAUUGUCAAACUCUUCACCAAGACCUCUGGCAACUGUAACUAUUGAUAUAUAUAGCCGAGGAAGAACAUACUAUUCUUAA